UUUUCUUUCUAUUUUUGUCUUCUUUCUAUUUUUCCUUGUUUGGUCUGAUGUUCUACGAAGUUUCUUAUUGAGAGAGAAAAGAAUUUCUUUUCCCUUGAGAGAGAGAGAGAGAGAGAGAGAGAGAGAAGACGAACACUAUCGCUGGGUCUCCAUUGAUGAGCUCCGGAGCUUUCCCGCGAUAUCAAUAGUCUAUUUGUUCGUCUAGAUCUCUCUGUCUCGCUGUUGGCAGUCCUGGUCUGGGGGCGGGGGAUUUCAAUUUCCCCACAUUCCUAUCAAUACAGGAAUUGUUUGUUUUUUAUAAGAAAAGAAUAGCUGGAGGUUGAAAGUUCCACAUCCAUACGCGCACUACGCAAGAGGCCAAAUGCGCGUGGACAAGCGGAGCUUCUCAAAGUCAAAAUACGAGAUCCGAGCCAAGUCUCCGUUCAAAACCUUGGGUUUGAGCCAUCCUUCGCAGGAAAAUUCAGCCAUGCGAAUAUUCAUACGAGGACGAGAUUGCUUGGGCUAUAUUAUGGGAUUGUGGUACGGUCUGUUCGAUAGUUGGCUGAUUUUUAAAGCUGUUUGAGAGUCUUAAUUUAAUCAUCGAUAUAUUUUUUUUUGGGGUUACUGGGUGUUGUUGUUCUGGGGCGGAGAUUACAGGUUGUUGCUAAGGAUUUGUUGGGUCGUAACCUCAUAGGCAUUACUAGCUUGUUUUGUCUACACCCGUGUGCUGUCUCUCGUAUUAGACUCUCCCUCAUAUUACUUGAUUUUUUUUUUCUCUCUCAUAGUUUUUAUUUUAUUUUAUCUUUCUUUGUUUCUUGGUUUCAUUCAUUAUUAUUUUUUUUUUCUUUUCAAAAACUGGGUUUUUAAGCUUCUAGCGUGGAACUUUUAUGGGGUUCUGCUUUUUAUAGACUGGUAUUGCCUUUUCUUUUUUUUUUCUUUUUUUUUUGGGUGUUUGUGUUAGAACUUUUGUGAACUUUUGGGGGGUUAAUGGUAACUGGGUAUUAGUUUUGUGUAUUUCUCAGAGAGAAAAUUUAGUUCUUCUUAGCCAGUCGGCUUUGAAAUUCUUGAAGGGUGUGGUUCUUGGUAUUUGUUUUAGGCACUACAUUUACUAGUUAGAGAAUUUGGCUUGGAAGGAGCAAAUUGUAAUACUUUGUUGGGGGCUUCUCCGUGUUUUUUGUGAUAUUCCUAUAGGGCUUAGUGAGAGCUUGGUGUUCUAGUUCUAGAGGGAACAAGAAUGCCGGGUGGUGGAAAGAGAAGGCUGCGUUUUAGCAAGCUCUACUCAUUCAGCUGUGGGAAGGCAUCUUUGAAGGAUGAUGACCAUUCACAGAUUGGGGGACCAGGGUUUUCCAGGGUCGUCUAUUGCAAUGAACCGGGUGGAUUUGACGCCGGGAUACGCAAAUAUGGGGGCAAUUAUGUUAGGACCACCAAGUAUACACUUGCCACUUUCUUGCCUAAGUCAUUGUUUGAGCAGUUUAGGAGGGUGGCUAAUUUUUUCUUCUUGGUUACUGGCAUCUUGGCCUUCACUCCGCUCGCUCCUUAUACAGCUGUUAGUGCCAUCAUCCCUCUAAUUGUCGUUGUUGGAGCAACCAUGGUGAAGGAGGGUAUCGAAGAUUGGCGGCGAAAGCAGCAGGAUAUUGAGGUGAAUAAUAGAAAGGUUAAAGUGCAUCAACGUGAUGGAGUUUUUGAUUAUACUGUAUGGAAGAACCUGAGAGUGGGGGAUAUAGUAAAGGUGGAGAAGGAUGAAUUCUUUCCGGCGGAUCUACUCUUGCUUUCAUCCAGUUAUGAUGAUGCAAUCUGCUAUGUUGAGACCAUGAACCUUGAUGGGGAGACAAAUUUGAAAUUGAAGCAAGCAUUGGAGGUUACUUCACAGUUGCAUGAGGAUUCCAACUUCCAGGACUUUAAGGCUACUGUUAAAUGCGAAGACCCCAAUGCACAUUUGUAUGCUUUUAUUGGAAGUCUGGAGUUUGAAGAGAUACAAUAUUCCCUGUCCCCUCAACAAAUUCUUCUCAGAGACUCUAAACUCCGAAAUACGGACUUCAUAUAUGGGGCUGUUAUCUUCGGCGGUCAUGACACAAAGGUUAUGCAAAAUUCUACUGAUCCCCCUUCAAAGAGAAGCAAAAUUGAGAAGAAGACGGACAGAAUUAUCUACUUCUUGUUCUGUAUUCUAUCUCUGGUGGCAUUUGUUGGAUCUGUUCUCUUUGGCAUUGCAACUGAAGAUGACUUAGAAAAUGGGAGGUCAAAAAGGUGGUAUCUUAGACCAGAUGAUUCUACAAUUUUCUUUGAUCCCAAAAGAGCACCAAUUGCAGCAUUUUUUCACUUUCUAACAGCCCUAAUGUUAUAUAAUUACUUUAUUCCAAUCUCCUUAUAUGUGACAAUAGAAAUUGUCAAAGUUCUUCAGACCAUCUUCAUCAAUCAAGAUAUGAACAUGUACUAUGAAGAGGCUGACAAACCGGCACAUGCCCGUACCUCAAAUUUGAAUGAGGAACUUGGCCAAGUUGACACGAUACUUUCUGAUAAGACUGGAACUUUGACCUGCAAUUCAAUGGAGUUCAUCAAGUGUUCCGUGGCUGGGACAGCUUAUGGUCGUGGUGUCACAGAGGUUGAGAGGUCUAUGGAUAGAAGAAAAGGCUCACCUGUGGGUAAGGAAAAUGUAAAUGGAGUCAACCCCAUAAAGGAUACUACUGAUUCAAAGUCACCCAUAAAAGGCUUCAAUUUCAAAGAUGAAAGGAUCAUGAAUGGAAACUGGGUUAAUGAGUCUCAUGCAGAUGUCAUUCAGAAGUUUCUUCGUGUGUUGGCAAUCUGUCAUACUGCCAUACCUGAAGUGGAUGAAGAUACGAGGAAGGUUUCAUAUGAAGCUGAAUCUCCGGAUGAAGCGGCAUUUGUGAUUGCAGCAAGAGAAAUUGGUUUUGAAUUCUUCAGACGGACCCAGACUAGCAUAUCAAUAUAUGAGUUGGAUCCGGUGUCUGGCAAAAGAGUUGAAAGGUUGUAUAAACUGCUGAAUGUUUUAGAGUUUAAUAGCUCAAGGAAGCGGAUGUCUGUGAUAGUAAGAAGUGAAGAAGGACAAAUACUAUUGCUUUGUAAAGGUGCUGAUAGUGUCAUGUUAGGAAAGCUUGCCAAGAAUGGUAGGGAGUUUGAAGAGGAGACCAGGAAGCAUGUAAACGAGUAUGCUGAUGCAGGCCUGAGGACCUUGAUACUUGCCUAUCGUGAACUUGAUGAAGAACAAUACAAAGAGUUCAAUGAGAAAUUCACUGAGGCAAAGAAUUCAGUUAGUGCAGAUCAGGAAACAUUGAUUGAUGAAGUAUCAGAGAAGAUUGAGAGUGAUCUCAUUCUUCUUGGUGCCACUGCUGUUGAGGACAAACUCCAAAAUGGGGUUCCUAAUUGCAUUGACAAGCUUGCCCAAGCAGGAAUCAAGAUUUGGGUUUUGACUGGAGAUAAGAUGGAGACUGCCAUCAAUAUUGGUUUCGCUUGUAGUUUGCUUAGACGAGGAAUGAAGCAGAUUAUAAUCAAUUUGGAAAGUCUUCAAAUGCAAGCAUUGGAAAAGGCAGGAGAUAAGUCUGCCAUCAUCAAGGCAUCAAAGGACAGUGUUGUCCGUCAGAUAAUUGAAGGGAAGAAUCUGCUUACUUCAUCACGUGGGAGCUCCGAGGCAUUUGCUUUGAUCAUUGACGGGAAAUCACUUGCUUAUGCUUUAGAGGAUGAUUUGAAGAAAGCAUUUCUAGAACUUGCUACUGGUUGUGCAUCUGUUAUAUGCUGCCGCUCAUCACCAAAACAGAAGGCACUGGUUACAAGACUAGUAAAAUCUGGAACGGGGAAAACAACGUUAGCGAUUGGUGAUGGUGCCAAUGAUGUGGGAAUGCUUCAAGAAGCAGAUAUAGGAGUUGGAAUUAGUGGUGUUGAAGGAAUGCAGGCGGUCAUGUCAAGUGAUAUUGCAAUUGCACAGUUCCGAUUUUUGGAGCGUUUGCUACUUGUGCAUGGACAUUGGUGCUACAGAAGGAUCUCAUCAAUGAUAUGUUACUUCUUCUACAAGAAUGUCACAUUUGUUUUCACUCUCUUCUUGUAUGAGGCUUAUGCAUCAUUCUCUGGACAACCUGCAUACAAUGAUUGGUUUUUGUCACUCUAUAAUUUAUUCUUCUCAUCAAUUCCGGUGAUUGCUAUGGGAGUUUUUGACCAGGAUGUUUCUGCUAGGUAUUGUCUCAAGUUUCCUCUAUUAUACCAAGAAGGGGUGCAAAAUAUCCUUUUCAGCUGGCGCCGAAUACUCAGCUGGAUGUUAAACGGGUUUUGCAGUGCCAUAAUAAUUUUCUUCUUCUGCACGAAAGCGCUGGAGCUCCAGGCUUUCAAUAGUGAUGGACAAACUGCUGGGAGGGAUAUUUUAGGGGGAACAAUGUAUACAUGUGUUGUUUGGGCUGUGAACUUGCAGAUGGCACUCACUAUAAGUUACUUCACCUUGGUGCAACAUGUUGUCAUCUGGGGUUCGAUUAUUGUCUAUUACAUUUUCCUCUUGGCAUAUGGAGCCAUGCCUCCUUCCAUUUCUACAACUGCUUACAAAGUCUUCAUCGAAGACCUUGCCCCAGCCGCUUCUUAUUGGCUUGUCACUCUUGUCGUGGCGAUCUCAACCCUAAUACCAUACUUCUGCUACUCAGCAGUUCAGAUGCGCUUCUUUCCUAUGUACCAUGAAAUGAUACAGUGGAUAAGGUAUAAUGGCCAAUCAAAUGAUCCCGAGCAUUGUAAUAUGGUGCGGCGAAGCUCGUUCCGAUCAACAACCGUAGGCUUCACAGCUCGCUUGGCAGCAAGGACAAACCGCCAGAAACAUAAGAGCAGUAGGUGAUAUUUGUGAAUUUGUUCUUUGAUGGUCAGCUGCCAAAAAAUGCCGGUUGGAAAUAUCUGGCGGACCUGAGAAAUUUGGCCGCCGGAUAUGACUCCAUCUAAUAUGAGCUAUUUAUUGAUUCUACUUGGAUUUGAGGUACGACCCAGAGAUUACCCUUGCAAGAUAACUGUAUAGUAGCAUGACUCAUCUGUUACAUAUCUUAGGGAAAAAAAAAGUUGCCCGAAAUAUUUGAAGUUUUUGCCUUUUGCCCAUAUGAGAUUACACAUCUCUUAAUUAAGCCAUGUAUUUUGUAUUUUUGAAAUGUUAUACAGAAAAAAGUAAAUUCAAGACGAGAAUAGAGCCUAGCCUACCCUGUUUUUCCUGUAC